UGGAAGAACUACCAAUAUGUACUGGCUUUUCUCUUUGCCAUUGGAGAAAUCAACAACAGCCCCCACCUGCUCCCCAACAUGUCCCUGGGUUUCAGUCUCUACAACGCCUUUAAUGGUGACCAAGAAAACAUAGAGAAGGCCCUGUUUGGGCUCUCAGGAAGGAACCAGAUUCUGCCAAAUUACAACUGCCAGAAACACAAAAAAUCAGUUGCCAUCAUUGCAGGAACCAUGCCAGCAUUUUCAGAACAAAUUGGAACACUUCUGGAGCUCUACAAAAUCCCACAGAUCACAUAUGGCCCUUUUCACCCCAACCUGAAUGAUAAAGACCAGUUUCCAACUCUCUAUCAGAUGACCACCAAGGACAGUAUCCUGGUGCAUGGAAUAAUUCGGUUAUUGCUGCAUUUUGGCUGGACCUGGGUGGAGGUCUUUAUCUCAGAUGACAUAAAAGGAGAGCAGUUCCUGUGGGAGCUGAAAUCAGAGAUGGUAAAGUACGGUAUCUGCGUGGGCUUCACAGCAAAGUUUCCUGCCGCGGGGACAAAACCAAUGAAAAACCAUUUGGUGUUCAUGAGCAAGAUGGGAGUUUCAUCAGCAAAUGUUUUCAUAAUGUGUGCUGAUGCUGAGACUUUUGUAAUCCUGGACAUGGUGCAAAAACUCUAUCUAACUAGGGGGAAGAUGUGGAUUAUAACAACAAAGUGGUACGUUGAUUUGUAUGAGAUGGUGAAUGUACUGCAGCCUCUUCACGGAAGCCUCUCAUUUUCCCGUCAGAAGAGGGAAAUCCCUGGUUUCAAACACUUUCUUAAGACACUUGACUCUUCCAGAUACAUGGAAUACUAUUACUUCCGUCAAUUCUGGCGUGAAAGUUUGGAUUGCAUAUCUGGUGAGAUGAAAUGUAAGGAACUUGAAGACUGCCCACAGAAUUCUUCCUUAGAGCUUAAGCGAGGAAAUAUUGACAUGAUGACUGUAUUUGACUCCAGUUACCUCAUCUACAAUGCUGUAUAUGCUGUGGCCCAAGCCCUCCACAAAAUGCUCUUGGCAAAAACAGAAAAGGGAUUAAUAAUACAUGCAGAUCAAUCUGUGCUUCUCCCCUGGCAGCUUCAUCCAUUUCUGAGGAAUAUUCAAUUUACAAACAAAAUUGGAGACCAUAUAUCCUUGGGUGAUAAAAGAAACUCUGCUGGACAAUAUGACAUCCUGAACACCAUGAAGUCUCCUCUUCGUCGUGGGCUCCUGGUUAAAGUAGGAGAGUUUGUCUUCAGUAGUUCCCAUGAUCAAGGCUUGACAAUCAGUGAUGAGAUGAUAGAAUGGCCUAUUGGGAUGGAAGAGGUCCCUCAAUCUGUGUGUAGCCAGAGUUGUGGUCCAGGAUUCAAGAAAAUUCUACAAGAAGGAAAGCCCAUCUGCUGCUUUGAUUGCAUCUCUUGUGCAAAGAGGGAGAUUUCAAAUCAAACAGAUGCAGAGCAGUGCAUCCAGUGCCCAGUGCAAGAGUAUCCAAACAAUGAGAGGGAUCACUGCCUCCCCAAGUCUGUGACCUUCCUGGCCUUUGAGGAUUCUUUGGGGAUGGCUCUGGCCUGCAUGGCUCUAUGCUUGUCUGUCAUCACAGCUGUAGUUUUGGGGGUUUUUGUGAAGCACCGAGACACUCCCAUAGUCAAGGCCAAUAACCGGGGCCUCAGUUACAUCUUGCUUAUCUCCCUUCUCCUGUGCUUUCUCUGCUCUUUACUGUUCAUGGGCCGUCCCAGCACAGCCACCUGCAUCCUCCAACAAGUCACAUUUGGAAUUGUGUUCACUGUGGCUGUUUCCACUGUUUUGGCCAAAACUAUUACUGUGAUUCUGGCAUUCAAGGCCACGAAGCCUGGAAGAAGAAUGAGGUGGUUGCUGGUAUCAGGAGCUUCCAACUCCGUCAUUCCCAUCUGCUCCCUGAUCCAAGUGAUUAUCUGUGGAAUCUGGCUGGGAACCUCUCCCCCCUUUGUUGACAUAGACGCACACUCUGAGCCCAGAAACCUCAUCAUUAUAUGUAACAAGGGCUCAGCCACUGCCUUCUACUGUGUCCUGGGAUACCUGGGCUCCUUGGCCCUAGGGAGUUUCACUGUCGCUUUCCUGGCCAGGAACCUGCCUGACACAUUCAAUGAAGCCAAGUUCCUGACGUUCAGCAUGCUGGUGUUCUGCAGUGUCUGGGUCACCUUCCUCCCCGUCUACCACAGCACCAAGGGGAAGGUCAUGGUGGCCGUGGAGGUCUUCUCCAUCUUGGCCUCCACUGUAUUUGUAAUAUAUUUUGUGUUUGGAACUUUUCCUAAAUGCAAGAAUUAA